AGGAGGGCGUGAGUUUAGUUGUUGAAUGACGGCCCUACCGGCGGCCGUCUGUUGGUUGGCGUGUUGACAGAACGACGCAACCUAUGGAAUACGCACACAAGAAAUAGUCAGUCCCUCUUUAUUCGGAAAGUUGAACUCAGGAGGUCAACGUUCGUUGCGUUAACGUGGGGGACAAAGUGGUGCCUAGGCCGAGACGAGGUGCUCGCAUGCAGGUUGGUGGUCCGGCGGGUUCUUUGGUGAUCGAGCAGCCAAAAGUAAACACACUCUCUUUCUGUUAAGAGUCUUUUUUUUAAUCAGAGAACUGGACAGCGGCGACUUUUAAUUUCUGGAUGCGUACAUUGAAUCGGCUCGCAGCUUUAUUUCUUGACGCCGAGACCGUGAGCAGCGCGUAGGGUGCUUGUCAACCACAAUGUUUUGAAAGAGAACCAAUCAAAUCUGCUAUUCAAAUCCACGCUUAUGUCAGUGACCUAUAUCUCACGUAUGUGCGCCAAGAGCCAGCAGUCGCCUCAACGCUAGACCAGAAAGGAUGGGGACGAACGGGGUAGACAACCCGGCGCAGCCUUCUAGCGUGGUGUCCGGGGCGGAGCAGUCGGCAGUCGGUCCACCGGACGAGCAAGGCGAUGCUGCUCUCGAGUCGGGCUCGAAGAAGGAUGAGCGUUCAGCGGGGAGCGAGCGUAAACUCCCCCAAGAGGACAGCGCCGUGCAACUCAUCUCAUCCCCGGCUCUCGAAACUGACACGGCUGAGAGGCACGGCGGAGGAUUCGAACCGCCCGAAGGAGGUUUUGGCUGGCUGGUGGUUUUGGCAGCCACCUGGUGCAAUGGGUCCAUCUUCGGGAUUCAGAACUCUUUUGGCAUCCUGCAUAUGAUGCUGGUGAGGGAGCAUGCAGACCCCGAGGACAAGACGGUUCAGUUCAAAGUGGCUUGGGUCGGGGCUCUCGCCAUGGGGAUGAUUUUCUUCUGUUCACCGGUGGUCAGCAUGUUCACGGACCACUUCGGCUGUCGGAAAACUGCCGUCAGUGGGGCGCUCUUGGCAUUCAUUGGACUGCUCAGCACGUCUUUUGCAAACUCGUUGAGCCUCCGCUAUUUUACUUACGGAAUAUUGUUUGGCUGUGGAUCCUCCUUUGCUUUCCAACCCUCUUUGGUUAUCCUUGGCCACUACUUUCGCCAGCGCCUGGGCCUUGCCAACGGUGUGGUGACGGCAGGAGCCAGCCUCUUCUCCAUGGUUCUCCCGGUUUUGCUGAACAAAGUAGUGGAGCCGCUGGGACUCAGCAGAGCCUUCCAGAUCCUCAGCCUCUUCAUGCUUGUGCAAGCCUUGCUGGCGCUAAUGUUCAAGCCAUUGCUACCUGCUGGACCUUGCAUGGGACCAAUGGGCCCCGCUGAGCCUCAAACGCAGGCAGGGGCGACUCCUCCGAGUGGGAACUGGUGGCACAAGGUGUUGGCGGGGGUCAGAAAAUACUUCAACCUGCGAGUGUUUCGCAUCCUCACUUACCGUGUGUGGGCAUUUGGAGUUGCUACGGCUGUAUUAGGCUACUUUGUGCCUUAUGUCCAUCUGAUGAACUUUGUCAAAGAGCAGUUUAAGGGCACCAAGAAGGAAUGGGUCCUCCUUGUUUGUAUCGGAGCAUCAUCGGGGGUGGGACGUCUCACUUUUGGCAAAGUCGGGGACCUCAUUCCAGGUCUGAGGAAGAUCUACAUGCAGGUGGCAUCCUUCAUAGCACUGGGACUCAUGUCCAUUAUGAUCCCACAGUGUUUUCUCUUUGAGGAACUUGUGGUGGUGUGUAUAUUCCUGGGACUGUGUGACGGAUGCUUCCUUACCAUGAUGGCUCCCAUCGCAUUUGAGCUGGUUGGGCCCAUGCAGGCCUCGCAGGCCAUUGGAUACAUGCUUGGGCUCAUGUCUCUUCCGAUGACUGCAGGUCCACCAAUUGCAGGUCUGCUACACGACUACUUUGGGGACUACACCGUAGCCUUCUCGGUAGCCGGUGUGCCCCCCAUAAUCGGAGGAGUGGUGCUGUUCUUUGUACCCCUGAUACACAGCCGACUGGCGCGUGGCAGCACGGGGGCAGCACCAGAAGAGACGACCACGCAUAUGUUACCCAAUGCCCAACCGACACCAAAAAGCUGCUCCAAUGGAGACAUGCUACCCGGCUACACUGACGCUGAGACGCACAUCUAAUUUAGAAACGAUUACCCUUCUCCCAAUUACAUUGGCGAGACUGUCCAGUUGCCUGACCUUUGAUUUCGCCUCCUCCUCGACCCUGCUGAGUGGAUCUUUGUCAAGACAAACUGCGUGACCAAGUUUGAAGCUGGAGUGGUGAUGAUAAGAAGGCUCGCCGCUAUGCUAGUUAAGGAGGUGAAGCAAAACACAGUCUGAGAAGGCAGCAAAAUAUCCUCCAAGAGGACUGAAAUGAAGAGAUUUUGUAUAAUUGGGAUUUAUCUCAAAAGCUUAAUAUUUUGCUAUGAUCUGGAAGUCUAAAUGGAAUCUUUUAAAGAUAUGAAUGUAAACUGUAUACAGUGGACCCCUGCAUAUUUACUCACCUAUUUGUGGAUUUUCUUUGCCCUAAUACUUUUCUAAACGUAUUUAAAUAUGUAUUUUUUUUAAUUUAUGGAAACCAACCCAUAUUUUGUUAUUGGCUGUAUAUCCCUGUUUACUCAAUCAUCUGUCUUUUUUGGUUCAUUCAGUUAUAAUAGGCGUCAAUUAUACACUGAUUUUCCGCUAUCCCCUACAAAUAGCAGGGGUCCAACUGUACUUUUUCACUGAGGAAACAUUUUACGGUGUACUCAUCAGAAAGUGUGAUCUAUCCCAUUACCUCGAAAAUGGAAAAUGAGUACAUUCUAUGGUAUAUUUGCGCCAACUCGUGACGGCAUUAAGUUGAAUUACAUCACAGAAAGGAAACUGAUCUUUUGACUGACGGAUUGACAGGCAACUUCUGUUCAGUCAACAUCAGUGAUGAUGUCAAAAAAUGUCUUUGAAUUCUGUAAGAAUAACAAGCAUUCAUACUUGCAUUCUUACAGGGAAACUUAGUUUCUCUGAGUGCACUAUCCACCUCUGCUGAUGAUUCCAGCUUUUACUUUUUUAUCUUCUUUGUUUUUCUGUCGAAACAACGGUGAGGGAAAUGUCUUGCGUUGCGAAUAUCAUGAGUGAAAAACAGCAAUCUCCUCACCUGAAAAUGUACUUGCUACUUUACCAGCCGCCUUCAUAGGAGACACAAGUUAACGUUUCAUAGAAGCGUUUCAUACGCAAGCACAAGGAAAAUAUUGUUCAUAUUGCAUUUCAUGUCGGAUGCUUGAUGGAUGACACAAAGCUGGGUCACUCACAUUCCGUGCAAAAUUAGCUUUUCGUUUCCAUUUUUACAUUUCUGUGAAGCUUUUGGUGGGAGAGUUCUCAAUAAUGCCACAUGAACUACGGCUUUAAUCAUGAAGUACUCUUAUCUUUUUUCUUUUCUGUACUGUCAGUUAUAUUGAGGUAGGGUAGUCUUAAUGACUUCAAGUGGAAUUUUUCUCACAUUUAAAAUGGCAUCUUAGCCUCUUGGAACUUUUCCCUUGCAGAGAGACUUUCUUCUUUCUACCCUUCUACCAUUUUCUUCAACAGUGAACUUGAACUGGGUCAUCUCACCAGAAGGAAAGAUUUAAUCUUCCUUCUUUUGUGUUAGUCACUAAUCCUCUCAUUCAUGCUUUUGUCCACCUUAUUCCUCGGCCCCUUGAGCCUUUACAUGAAUUAUGGGAGUGACUUUUGGUAUGACCAGGAACUGUCGUUUUGUUUACGUGGUACUGGUGGCCAUGUCAGUUAUCGACUGGUGGAAACGCUCGAUUUCACACAUCGUAAAAGAAAAAAAUUCAAUCCUGCUUUCCUCUAAUGUAGCGCGUUAGGAGGAUGACAUAAAAUAGUGGCCAGCGAUAAGGUACAGUCGCAUGUUUCGCUACUUUCUGAACUCUUGUCGCUUCCGACAGUGAAUCAAUGAACAACCUCAAACGCUUUGAGACGUAUCAUCACCCAUACAGUUGUAAAAUUGGUCGCAUUUUAUUAGGAGGUUGGGCAUAGUUGGCCAACCGCUAAAUCAUAUCAAUUUCACUACUUUCAACUCUAUGGUAACCACCUCACGUGUCGCCUAAUAAUAGCAACAACAUUAUAUGCACAUUAAUAUUAAAAUACUGAAUGUAAUUAUUGCAUUCAGGUUAAUACUGACCAGCAACAAUCUAAAUGCACGCCACAUAGGAACGUUCAGAAAAAUUUAAAACUCCAUGUUGUUGCCUGACUAACACUAGUACUAAUAUUUUGCCAUGUAGCUUUUGUGUUGUGUCUUCAUAUACAAGAAAUCAUACCUGAUGUUCUUGUGACACUGCUCUCAAUCUUUAAUCUUUGUUGGGUAGCCGGCGAAUCUUUCAAAUCUUUUCCAGUGGUUGCCGUAAAACAAAAAUAAAGUUUGAUGCGAGCGUUGCUCCUUGGGCUUUUAGGCCCCAAAUGAAGGGAAAGCAUAUGUACCUGAGACAAUGUCAAGGUUAUAUUUAAAAUAAAUAAAUCAUCCUAGAUUUUCUGCAUUCCUCAUUCUCGGUAAAGCGCUGGAAACUCUACUCAUUCUCACAAAAUUUGCUUUUCUCUUGGGUGCAUGUUCAAAACAUUUUGUAGAACAGUUUGUACAACCCUCAAAAAGAUCCCAAGCUGUGCAAGACAUUUUUAAAUACUAUGGGGGCAAAUAAAGUAAACAAACAAACAAACAAACAAACAAACAAACAAACAAACAAACAAAUCAAAUAAGCAGCAAUCAAAUAAGCAGCUCCGGGAAACAAUAGUUGCUGUAACAAAUAGCUCAUUGCUACUUCGGGGUUCUUUCAGGAAGUGCCUGCCAUAAUUGUUUGUACAUGCAUCAAAGCCUUCAGGAAUAACUUAUUGUUACCUUGGCUAAGACAUUUUCUCUUCAUCUGUAGAUUGUUUUAAUCGCACGGAUCAUUUCUUAUGAUCCCUAAAGAGUAAAGGAGACACAAAUGCUGAUCUUCAAAUGAAUGUGAAGAUUAUUGAACAGAGCCAUAGAUGGACUGAGAUAUUGUUACAUUUAUUUUAUAUAUAUAUUAAAAAAAAACAUGUGACGAAACAAUCAAGCUAAUUCUAGCUAGGUACACAAGAUAACUCUUCCUUAAAUCGAAUAACCACAAUGUACGGGUUUUCACCGUAAUCCAAGUUUAAUUCAUGUUGAAUAAUUUGCUUAAUAUUAUUGCUCAAGCAUUUACAAAUUGCAUAUUUAGAGUUAACAUGUUAACAGCUGCAAACUGAAGUGAGAUUUAUGUUCACUGGUAUGUGCUACAAAGAAGUGGUCUUAAUCAUUUGGCAA